AUGUCGUCUGCAGUAGCAGAGCUGGAUGGCUAUCUCCAUUCCAUGCUUUCCUUGAAACCUCCUGGUGUAUCGGGAUCCAAGAUUAAUGGCAUCACCUCACUAUGCACUGCCAACAUUCAGUCCGAAUCAGUCUUGAUACAAAAGAUCUAUACCCACUUUAAGCGAGCACCAGGGACACACAAAUUGGGCGUACUCUAUGUCGUAGACUCUGUAACUCGACAAUGGGUAGACUUAGCACGCAAGGCUGGCCAGCAGAUUGGCGGCAGUGCUCCAGAUGGGACAUAUGCUGCAGGCGUUAAUCGAGUGACCGAGCUUCUGCCAGUCCUCAUGACUGAUAUCAUAAACAAUGCUCCUGAAGACCAAAAGUACUGGGCAUCUGCCAGCAUGGACAAAAUCAAAAAAUUGGUGGACAUCUGGGAGAGAGGAUAUACAUUUCCUGCGCCUAUGCUCCAAUCUUUCAAAGACAAGCUAAAUGCUCCAGUAUCUCAAAAUGUGGAAUCUACAACACCAGAAGGAUCACCAGCACCAAAUUCCUUCCUAUUGGGCGGACCUGCUCAGCAGCAGCAACAGCCGGCUGGUUCAGCUGCAGUGCCUGAUACUUCCAGCAUUUUGAAAGCGCUCGCGGAAAUGGCGAAGCAAAAUACAGCCGCCCCAGCCGCGCCGGCCAUCCCAGCACAGACUAGUUCCAGUAAUGUAUUAAACGCGCAGCCUGCAGUCCCGCAAACAAAUGCACCGUCUGUAGACCAGACUGCGCUACAAUCUAACGGGCAGUCCGUAAAUCCUUAUGCUGGAAAUCUUGCCGCCCAAUUCCCUGGUCUGGCCAAUACCGCCCAAAAUAUGUUCCAAAAUCAACCUCAAGGUCAGGCUGCAGGUGCAGCUGCAUAUCCUGGUCAGAACCCGCUUGCCCAGUUAAUGCAGCAACAGCAACAGCCAGCACCUACUGCCGUUACUCCUGAUCCCCUCCAGCAACUAAAUCUGAUCCAGCUCCUUGCUGCACAGGGUAUUCCGCAGGAACAGUGGGCAACUGCUCUGCAAAUCUUAAAUCUUUCAAAUGCAGCAAAUGCUGGUGGUUUGGGUAAUAUGAAUCCUCCUGCAAUGCCAGGCUUUGGUCAAAUGCCCGCAGCGAAUCAAAAUGCUUGGGGAUCAAAUGCACAGGAUAACUCGUCACGUGACAGAGACCGGGACCAGGACUAUACGCGCUCUCCUCCAGGCCAGUAUCGACGUCGUUCACGAUCUCCAGGGUGGGAUAGACGACGCGAUAGCUCCCCUCCUCGUCGUCGCGAUAGUCCAGUAUACGGUGAAUAUCAUGGUGACUCUCCCGGCCGUAACCGCGGCGACCAUGGCAGAGGAGGCCGUCGUGGGGAUGGAUACCGCCAGCGUAGCCCGCCUGGUCGACGCCGCCGAAGCCCAAGUCCUCGCAAGGAUACCACGCUGCCUCCACCAGGGCCAAAGUUCAUUGACUACGAUUAUUCUAUUGGAGACGGCAACAUCAAAGUUUUAAGUCGAACGCUGUUUGUUGGUGGUGUAACAUCUUCUGAAUCCCACCUUCGUUCGCUUUUCUCCCGUUACGGCACAGUUCAGACAUGCAUUGUCAACAAUGACAAACGACAUGCGUUUGUCAAGAUGGUCAACCGGCGCGAUGCCGUAACUGCCCGCGAAGGGAUGGAGCAGUAUAAAUCCGGAGACAUGCAGCUCAGGACACGCUGGGGAGUUGGAUUUGGGCCCCGUGACUGCAGUGACUACCAUACAGGUGUCAGUAUCAUUCCUGUUGACCGGUUGACUGAAGCCGACCGCAAAUGGUUGCUCACCGCAGAAUAUGGUGGCACUGGCGGUAAGCCCAUCGAGAACGGAAUGGUUGUCGAGGAGCCUGAUAUCGAGAUUGGUGCCGGUGUGUCUUCUAAGGCCAUCAGCCGUCGCAUGGCUACCGAUCAAGGCGGCAAGCGUGGGCCACAGUCCAGCCGCUACAGCCACGAGCGCUUCCGCCGCAACGAACGUGGCGGUGAUGACGGGCACAACAACAGCAGCGGUGACCAUGACCGUGAUGCAGCCUCUGGCCCGAACGCCAACGCCAUUGGUGUCCCUCCCGCCGUACCAGGUUUUGGAUUCUCAUUCCCAGGCAUGCCAAUGUUCCCACCCGGGUUCAUACUGCCUGGCACUCAGCCAUCCACUACUGGAGCACCAUCGCAACCACCCGCCCAGGGCCAGUGA